AUGGAUAAUACUUAUGGCGGUAAUCGCCCUUGGGCUACAAAUAAUGGGUUCCUCACAGACCAACAGCCACCAAAUUCAGCAGGCAAUCGAAGCAUUCUCACCACCAUUUCGGGUCAAAUAACCGCGUCACAACGCAGCGGAAAUGACAUCAACAACGUCACCAGCAAACAGUACAAUCCACAUCUGAUUGGAGUCCAAUCCAAAUUCAGACGAAAGUAUUAUCACAAAGCACUUUUAGGUCUACUAAUAUUUACGAUAAUCAUACUGAUAAUAACAAUAAUAAUUAUAAGCUUAAAACAUAAGAGAUCUGCAACGAUUUGUCGCACAAAUGAGUGCAUACGCACAGCUGCAAAUCUAUUAUACUCUAUGGACGAACAGACUGAUCCCUGUGAGGACUUUUAUACAUUCACUUGCGGCCGUUGGGCCAAUGAACAUCCCCGCCCUGACUCUAUCACAUCGAAUGACUGGUUUCGAGAGAGUCAAGCCAAAAUUAUGCGAAAGGUCCGCAGUUUCUUGCAGGCGAACGUGAGCGAUGCCGAACCAUCGGCAGUUGCCAAAAUUAAGGUUAUGUAUAAAGCCUGCAUAAAUACAGAGUUACUGGAUGACCGAGAGCUGGAACCACUUGUGGAGUAUUUAAGAGAAUUUGAAUUGCCACUUUUACCAAGUGGUUUCAAUAUGACACUGUCUAAGGAGGCUGAAAAGAAAUUUGGUGAUAUUGAGAAGUUUAACUGGUUACGUGCCUUGGUGAAUAUAAAAAAGUUUACUGGUAUGGAUCUGAUAAUAGGUUUCGAUAUAUUUGCUGAUCCACUUAAUAACACAAUCAAACGCAUAGCAUUUGGUACACCUGAGUCUGAAUCCUCAUUACCUUUUAAUAAUGAUGAUAUGCAUAAACUAUUGCAUAAAGUAAAACGAAAAAAGAUAUUCAAUCAAGAUGAUGAUGAUGAUAUGGAAAGUCGUGAAGAGGAGGAAGAAGAAUCUGCUAAGCACACUUCUGCUGGUCUCACGGCUUAUGUGACGUAUGUGAAACAUAUACUAGAAGCAUAUAUUUUGUAUUUAAACCCUGACACAAAGUCAGAAGAAAUUGAAGACACAAUAGGUGAUAUGGCUUUGAAAGCAGUCAAAGUGGCAAGAAGAAUAUUUAGGUUAAAAGAGGAUGCAGAAAAUGCUACAAAGCCAAUGAAAAAUCCUGCCGAAGAUAUUGUGUAUAUAUCUGUGAUUGAUUUACAAAAUCAAACCGAUAAACUAAUAACACCCAAGACUAUACCCAUUUGGGAAGAAUACUUACAACUCAUUAUGAAUAAUACUAAUCACACAAAACCAUUUAAUAGUAAAGACAUCAAAAUUAUAACAAGUCAAGCAGAUAUAAUUUAUCUACAAACUAUAACGGAGUAUUUAUUUGAUGUAGCACCAGAAGAUAUCGAAUUCUAUAUAUGGCUCAGCGUAGUAGAAGAAUUAAUAUUACACACUACAAGUGACAUGCGAUUGCUUCAUACCGAGUAUAUGCGUGUUAUGAUCGGUACCGAAGGAAGUUCACCUCGUUCCAUUUAUUGUGCACAUGCUGUAAAUAGUUUAAUGGGCAUGGCUGUUAGUUACUCACUGGCAGAUAAAAAUUUUACAUUACGGAAAUUACCAAAAGUUGAGAAUAUGUUAAAAGAUAUACGGCUUGCAUUUGAAAAGUUAGUGCGCUCCACAAAUUGGAUGGAUGCUGAAACAAAACGACAAACACUACAGAAGUCAGCAGAGAUGAAAAGUUUUAUAGGAUUUCCCGAAUGGUUAACUAAUGCUACUGAACUAAAUGAAUAUUAUGAGGGAGUGUAUGUUAAUGAAACUAAACAUUUGGAAAACAUGAUUGGAGUGCUACGUUGGCAGAUGCAAACACGUUUAGAUGGUUUCUAUGAACCUGAAGUAUUUGGUUGGGCCACGUCCCCAUCAAAUGUGAAUGCAUUUCAUACAUUUCAAUCGAAUGCUAUAACCAUUCCUAUUGCAAUAUUGCAGUAUCCUUUUUAUGAUUUGGGAUUGGAAGCACUGAAUUAUGGUUCCAUCGGCACAAUUUUGGGACACGAAUUGACACAUGGAUUCGAUGACAGCGGUCGCAUGUUCGACAAAAAUGGUAAUAUGGUGCAGUGGUGGUCAAAUGAAACUAUAAACGAAUACGUCAAUCGUACUGAAUGUUUCGUAGACCAAUACAAUCACUACUACUUGAACGAUAUUGGGGAAUAUAUUGAUGGUGAACUUACUUUGGGUGAAAAUAUAGCAGAUAAUGGUGGUAUGCGGGAGGCAUAUCAUGCAUAUAAAAUCUACACCAAACAUACAGGUAGAGAGCAUUUACGACUUCCCGGUUUGGAGCGUUACACACAUGAGCAAUUAUUUUUCAUUGCAUUUGGUAAUUUAUGGUGUGAAACUUAUACGCCAGCGGCGUCGCGUUAUGCUUUGGAGGACUCGCACUGUCCGGGUAAAAUUCGUUUAAAAGGUGUGCUCUCCAACUCUGAUGAGUUCGCACGCACUUUUAAGUGUCGCAGAGGUACGGGCAUGAAUCCAAUGGAGCAUAAAUGUCGUAUAUGGUGAAAACCUGCAAUGUUGUUAUAAAAAGUGACAAAAAGUGAUAAAAAAAGCAGUAAUGAAGUGAUGGUAUAAAAUG